GAAUAAAAGAAGCGCGAGUGUGUCACAUUAUCCAAAAGCAAUUCAUUCAAGAUAUGGUGCUACAAGCAAAAACCAGCUUUACACUCACACUCUCUCCACACUUUACACCAUCACCACCUUCUACUCUCUCUCCUCAAUUUUUCAACUUCAAACUCAAACCCUCACUCCCCUCUCUCACUCUCACGCGCCGCUGCACACUCCCACGCGCCGUCGAGGAAAAAGACCAACCCACUUCAAACCCCGAACCAGAACCAGAACCCAAACCCGAACUCAACGAGUCCGAAUUAGCAUCGGAAUUGAAGAAAGCAAUGCAAGAGAGGAAGGAGCAAGAAGGAAACAAUUUCUGGAACGGUGUGGUUUCAGAAAUCGGUGAAAUUGAAUGGCCUGAAUUUGGGAAAGUUUUGGGCACAACUGGUGUUGUUCUUAGUGUUAUCUUUGGUUCUAGCGCUGUUUUGCUUACUCUUAAUGCUAUUUUAGCUGAACUUUCUGAUAAAGUUUUUGCUGGCAAAGGGGUUCAAGAUUUCUUCACAUGAUCGAUCAUUCACUAUUAUAUUGUUGUAGAUUCAACUAUUAAUUUCUUGUCUUUCAUUUUUGUUUCUGUUAUGUUUUAAAGAAAUUAAAUUUUGUGCAAAUAAUUGGUUAUUGAUCAAGUUGCAACUUCGUCACUAAUAUGAUUCAAUAGCAGAAACAUAGUUUUUUUAUGUGAAUAUAUGAUUUAAUAGCAGAAUCAGAGUUUUUAUGUGAAUUUCAAAGAAGACAACAAAAAACUAUUGUAUGUUUCAAAUGAUACAUUUUCUUUGGUCUUCUAUGCCAAUUCCAUUUGUGCAUCAAUGAUGAUUGAUUUCAGGAUAGGAAUUAUGAAGACUAACAAGGCUUCCCCACCCUGCAUCUAAGGCUGCGAGAAUAACGAGUAAGCCUUCCAACAUAAGAUCCAGGCUUAGCUUUGAUCAUGUCCUUAUUUGAGAAUGGUCUGUUAAUCAGCUCAGCUCCGCUUUGUCUGAAAAAUGCUCCGUUCAGGUACAAGUCGUUGAUUGAUCUCCAUUGCCAGGUUUUCCACUCUGCCUCUGGUACUAACGUCCUCUUUGUUAUCUUCAUCAACACCAAACCAGAAAAUAAUGUGAGACUUGGUUUUCAUGAAUUUCAAUUUAUUCAUAUGUUUUUGUUCAAUCAUGACAUUUACAAGUACAAUGAAAAACCAAAAUAGUAUUUUAUAGGGAACUCCUUUAGAUUUCUUUGUAAAUGAUGCAACCAGUAGCUAUGACAUGAGAAUAUAUUAAUAUUAAGAAUUUAGCAGAUAAUUUUGUUUUACCAAAUCACACCCAGAAUUUUUAAAGCAUAUAUUUGUAUGGCUAAGCAUAACUGAUGCAUACCUCUUUAGCAUGGCCAUUGUUAGGGGCUAUGAAUUUGUUACCCUCACUAAUAAUGGUAGGAUGCAUGGUGCCACCAAUGGCAUACAUUUCCCAGCGAUUGUAGAAAUUGUUAAGCACAUGGAUAAAACCAAAUCUACACCUUGGCAUCCUUUGAAUUAAUUUCUUACCAAAGCGAUUGAAUACAACCGUGAUCUGCAUUUUCUGAUCACCGUCAUAAGUAUCACUUGCACCAAACAACAUUACCUAAAUCACAUACAUACAAACAAACAAAAAAACCAAAACCAAAAUCAGGUAAUAUUUUUCAUUUCAAACCCAUGAAUGAAAAAUCUUAUAAGCAAAAACAUAAGUAACUAUCGAAUUAAUUACUAAUUACCUCGUUGUGAUCUGUGAAAUGGCUAUUGGAGAUGGUAAUAGCAGUGGAUCCCAUAAUGGCAUCAAUGAGUCCAUCUCUGCAGUUUCUCAUGGAAACAUGGUCAAUCCAAAUAUGGCUUGAGCCAAAAAUUGAAAUUCCAUCACCAUCACUAAUAGUCCUUAGACCAUAAUGGUCCUCACUAUCUCUAACAAGUCCACCACUUCCAACCAUAAUGUCAUAAAUUUUGAUCCCAUGGAUGAUCACAUUCUCGAUGAACUGGAUAGUAAUACCAGCACCAUUAGCAAUGGUAACAUCAGCUCCUCGUCCAUCAAUGGUCUUGUUACCUGCCAUUAUGAGCUCCUGGUUGAGCCUAAUCUUCAUGCUACGAGCGAAGAUGAUCCACAAAGGCCCAUUUCUUGUAACUGCAUGCCUAAGGGUACCAGGACGUGGAUUCACCAAGUCACUAUCUGAGGGGUCAGUUACCACAUAGAUAGGACCGUCUUUUCCACCAGUAGUCUUCCUUCCAAAACCUUGCACACAAUCUGCAAGCUUCUUGCGGUUGUUUGCCCAGUUAGGAUCACACCUCCAACACCUAUCAAUGGGGUUUGUGGCCAUGCAUGAACUAUUGCCCAACCCCACCAAAUUCCUUCUUCCGUUAAUGCCACCAAUUAUCAUUCUGUUUGACAAACCAAUAAAUAUUAAAAUAUGAUAGAUCACACUUAUAAUUAAUUCUAUGAGAGAAGCAAAGAAAAAUGUAAUAUAUAAUAACUAUUGAAUAAUAAUAUAAGUGUCUGAUUUGGAAUUGAGAAAAUAUUUCCUGUAUUUAUUUUUGUUUUUCAUUUGAAAUUGCCAAAUUGUUCUUUGUUGUCACCAUGCAUUAAGUUUUCAAAGUUUUCUGCAGGAAAUAUAUUGAAAACAAGGAUGUCUUUUUUGUAAUUAAAAUAGAAACUAGAAAUUAAAAUGGAAAAUAUUUUCUCAAACCAAACAGGGUUUGAAGUUCCACCCAUAAAAUUGAACGUAUGGGUAAAUACGAUAAUUGACACAAGACUCACUCGCUAACAGUAGAAGACAGAUUUCCGGAGACUGCAUAUGGGUCAGGAGUAUAAGCUUUGUCGUUUGCCUUCGCAGCAAUUGAUGCUUUUUUCUGCCAAUAUGUAGUAUUAAGCGUCGGUAAUAUCCUAUCCCAGUAUGCUUUGUCCUCUUUGACAUUAGCAUGCACUAAUGUAGAUAUUGUUACCACCAAACAUGUCAAAAGGAAGAGAUGGUACAAUUUUGCCAUGAAGGUUCUUUGUCAAAUGAAAAGAACCCUCUUCCCUCUGGCAAUGAAAGGGGUAAUCAAAUAUAAUUAGAAGAACAAUUGACAUAAUUUUAUUCUUUAUAUUUGAAAAGUGAUAUACAAUAUGAAAUGCUAAAUUAAGGUGAGUUGUUUUUGAAGAAUAGAGGUUGGAAUAACGUUUAUUUCUGCCAAUGAAUAUAUUUAGGGUGAUAAUUUGUUAUUAUAUUAUCAGUUUAGUAGUUUUCUAUCAAUAGAGAACACUACUGUCAUAUCCAUCAAGGUAAAAAGGAGGUAAUUUUGUCCUCAACGAAAUGGUAGUGAAUCUUGCCAUCCAAAUUUAGCUGCCAUAUAUAUAUAGCGAGAGGGUUUUUAUUGUGAGAGAUGAGAGAGUUAUAUUAUAACCAUUAGAUCAAUCUUAAAGGUUCAUAUGACAUUUGUAUGCACGUGAUCUUACAUUCUUGAAUCGUCCUCCACUUUUAUUAUUUCCAGUUCUCCUUUAUUCUAGUUCUCUCCUUCCUCACAUCACAACUCACAGUGGAGGUUCUACAUUCAUGAAAUUAAACUUUAGGGAAGAAUUCUUUAGAAAAUUCCGUAGAUGGUUCAUCGAAACUUAGAAAAACUAAUUUGAUUAUUCAUAAAAAAUUAUUUUCACCAUCACAAAUGAAAACUAUUAGAAAAACUAUUAGAGAAACCAUUAGAAAGGAUUUAGAGGUCAAUGAGUUGGAUCCAAAUAUGGUUUACGAUAGAACACCAUGGCGUCAUUUGAUCCAUGUAGCCGACCCCCACUUAGUGGGAUAAGGCUUGGUUGUUGUUGUAAAGGAGGGAUCCAACUAGUCUUUUUUCUUUCAAACCUUUUACCUUUCUUCAUUUUGGCUGCACUUAUUUCAUAUUCUAAUCAACAAUUUUAUGAUUUACACUUAAUUUAUUUUUGGUUAAGAGAUGAAUGGUGUAAAAAAAUCAAUUACUGCAAUUUCUCGCUCGUGGGUUGAUUCUAAUGCUGGAAUUCUUUGUUUAUAAAAAAUUGGAGUUUUUUUUAGUAAACUAAAAAUUAGAGUUGAUAAAAAAAAAUGCCUUGCCCCAGAUCUAAAAAUUCAAAUUGGAAUGAAAAAAAAAGGAACAGUUGCAUACAAUAACAUAGCAAGAGAAGACUAAAAUGGCUGAAGACUGAAUAGAUGAAAAUGUGACGCUGCAAUUUUAAAAACUUAACACCAUGGUAAAAAUUUAUCCAAUGGUUAUGAUUUAACCCCCUCAUCUCUCACAAUAUAAUAUUGCUUGCUUCUCUGGACAAGUGGAAGACCAAUCAUAUAAACCAUUCAAUUUUAUUAUCCCAUGCACAAUAGAGGCAACAUAUAAAUAGCAACUUAAUCCAAUCAUUUUGCAAUGAUAUAUUCUGCUGCAUAUAAACCUGAAUUAGAUAUUUAUGGUUUUGCCAUGCAUGGAUCCCUUAGACCAUCACAUAUUCCAAAUUGCUUGGUAUUAAGUGAUUUAUAUUCCAAGUUACAUUGAAAUUCAAUUUGUUAGUUUAAAUUCAAGUCAUCCACUGCUGAAAUCAGACAACUGCAUGGGAUUCAGAUCCUUUUUCUGACAGUCGGGAAUCUGAUCCAUGGGAUUCAAUUUGUUAGAUUCUUUCAAAAAGAGCUUUUAUUAAUUUCCUCUUGUCAAGUUGCAGGUUCUUCAAUUAUAUAAACAAAGUUUUUGUUAUGUGUUUCAAAUGUUGUAGUUCCUGUGAUGAAAUGUUUCCUUGUUUUUUUUUACAAUUGCUAAAUCGUUAUCGGGUGCGUAGGGUGUAACAAAAAAGACCAGUAUUCAUUUCAUUGCCUGAAUAAUCCCCUUACGAGCUCAAGUUGAUCUAUGAUAAACAAUUGAAAAAUAAUCGUGCACACGGACACUGUGAAUUACUUGCAUGUUAAUUUUGUGAAACAUCUUGUAUGCCAAAUUAUUUUUUAUAUAAUUUCCAUUUACAGUAUAUCUUCUGGCUCUCCGGAGAAAGAAUUUCCAUUUAUCAAUUUUUAAAGAAUAUGUGGAUUGUGGAGAGGAGCAAAUUUUGUUAUGAUUUUUACAGGUUCAAAGAAUGUGUGGAAUGUGGAAUGAAACAAGUUUGUAAUAUCUUUACAUGUUUAUAAAGUAACAAUUUCUUUCAUGUCAAACUGAGGAAAAGCAUACAAGAAAAAACAAUUAUAUUUUUCAAAUUACACAUCUUGUUUGUUCUCCUUUGCCGAAGCCAUUUGUGCAUCAAUGAUGAUUGAUUUCAGGAAGGGAAUUUUGAAGACUAACAAGGUUUCCCCACUAUGCAUCUAAGGCUUCCAGAAUAACGAGUAAGCCUUCCAACAUAAGUUCCGGGCCUAGAUUUGAUCAUGUCCUUUCUUGAGAAUGGUCUGUCUUUCAACUCAGGUCCUCCUUGUCUGAAAAAUGCUCCGUUCAGGUACACGUCGUUGAUUGAUCUCCAUUGCCAGGAUUUCCACACUGACUCGUCUACGUACUCCCUCUUUGUUAUCUUCAUCAACACCCAAACAAUAAAUUAUGGUUUGAAGCUCCUCCCAAGACUCACUCGCUAACACUAUGACUCAGGUUUCCAGAGACUGCAUAUGGGUCAGGAGUAUAAGCUUUGUCGUUUUUCAUUGCAGCAGCUGAAGCUUUUUGCUGCCAAUAUGUCGUAUUAAGGACCGGUGCUAUCCUAUCCCAGUAUGCUUUGUCCUCUUUGACAUUAGCAUGUACUAAUGUAGAUAUUGUUACCACCAAACAUGUCAAAAGGAAGAUAGGGUACAAUUUUGCCAUGAUGGAUGAUUCUUUGUCAAAUGAAAAGAACCCCCUUUCCUCUUGCAAUGAAAGGGGUAAUUAAAUAUGAGUAGUACAACAAUUGACAUGA